AAAAUUAUAGUAUCAUAACUCUCUUAUCAGAUAUGAAGUGUAACUGCAAUUUUCAUUUUUUCAACGACAACAGUAUGGCGUUCGUUCACCUUUUCUUAAUCAUCGGUCUGGCAACUUCAGCCUCGUGUAUUGAAGAAACAAACAAUGUUAUCGAGAGACUAGCUCUUCGGCUUGAAGCUACGGAAAGAGAAUACAAGAGGGAAAUUUCAGCAAUGAAGGAGAAGAUGGCAGUUAUGGAAGACAACUUUCUUAAAAAAGAAAAAGAGAUGAUUCAGAAAAUAAACGAAUUGGGAGAAAAGUUCGAAAGAAAUGACGAUGUCAUCGACUCUGAGCAAAAUUCCGAAAGCGAAGCAUUGAAACAGAGAAGGUCGUUUAAAGAAGUCCGUGACGCAGUUGAAACAGAGGUCGCUUUCUAUGCAACACACUCAAAGCAUGACGUUACACAUCUGGGCGAUAAUCAAAUUAUCGCUUUCAACCAGACCGUGACGAAUAUUGGCAAUGCGUACAAUGUGCAUCAUGGCGCGUUCACGGCUCCCGUUGAUGGAACAUACGUUUUCCACGUUACUUUAAUGGGCACACUGCAUGACGCUGCCAAUAAAUUUUACUCUGCCUUUAUUGACGUCGAUGACAUAGCUUAUUCGAGGUUUUGGAUUGUCCCGUAUGACCAAUCAUCGCAUAUGUUUGUAAUAGAACUUAAAUCCGGCAAUGUUGUGUCCGUAAAAAAUGCCCGAGUUGACGAUGGCAUUGUUGGACAACACUAUUCGUCGUUCUCCGGGUUCUUACUGUAUCAGCAUAGUUACGCGCCGGCCAUCUUUGGAAAAUAAGAGAAAGUUAUAUCUCGAUAAUGUAUUUCAAAUAAGCAAAUACAAUUUGAUUAAAACUAACGUGAUCUGAUUUUCUUUUAAUAAGACACAGGUAUAUUUUUCACUUAAUAGCAAACCAACAGACACAUGCCCCUACAAAAUAAAGCUGGAAAAAUUAACUCAAACGAAUGCAUGUAGUUAUUACAUUGCUAUUUUGUUACGACUGAAUCAUACACGAAUCUACAUAGUAAGGCCAAUUGGUACCAACACGCUUGCAAAUUUUCGAUAGAGCACAAUAGUCAGAAUACUAAAACCGGGUGUGAUCUUUCUGUUUAGCAUGCGCUAAAAAAUCUGUUUAUUAUCGAAAUUCACCUUAGUGUCCUAAUUAAGGAGGUUCAAUAAUAUCUCUUAAGUCACGCGGUAAAACUUCUUUGUUUCCAUGCUGAUUGGGGUAAUCAGCAAGUUUCACAUUGAAGUGCACUACAAGUGCACUUGUUGUGCACACCAAGUGCACUUUAUGUAACCUUUAGAGUGAACUCAGCUGUAUAUUGUAUGCAUCUACAUUUUUAAAAAUAUGUUGUUUUCUUUUUCGUCCGGAAAGGAGCGCAAGUUGUAGAAGAUUGGUGGUUGAUAUUUUACAAUCUUUCCAAUUAAAUACAUGCUCGUGUCAAGAACUAGAGUUAUAAUUUGAUAUAGUAUGACAUGAAAUAGAUAAAUUCUCAACUAAAAUGUCAGUUUUUGACCUUAACAUGUUACUUUUAGCAAAGAGUGCCUUAUCAAACAUAAAACAUUGGACAAAAGCACCGCAGUUUAUUUAUCUUGACAUAAAUAAGUCUUAAACACCGAUGUAUAAUAUAUGAUGUAAUGACUUUUGUUAAAUCUU